UGCAUACAUAGAAAAUACCUUUCAGAGUUUGACACAUCACAUCAUGAUUUCUCCGUAAUAUUUCCAUCUCGCGACUGUACCGCUUAUUUCAUUAAUUUAUUACCCGAAACGGUACCGGCAUUACAAAUUUUGGAUCCCUAAUAUUCUUAUAAUAUACUUUCGCUCAGAUUGUAUUUACUCGUCACAAGGCAAAUAGCAUACUAACACACGGAUAUUGGAAGUUUUUUAGUCACAAACAGUUAUUAGUUGCUGUACUAAAUUAUUGAAUUACUCCUUAAAAUGACUGAAAGUUCACCUGAUGAACCGAGUUCCAACCGAAAGGAUUUCAUCUGUGGCGUUGUUGAAGGCUUUUACGGACGACCGUGGACCACUGAACAAAGGAAAGAUUUAUUUCAAAAAUUGAAAAAAUGGGGUAUGGACAUGUAUGUAUAUGCUCCAAAGGACGAUUACAAACAUCGCGCGUAUUGGCGGGAACUAUACACUGUGGAGGAAGCAGAGCAUUUGACAUCUCUCAUCUCUGCUGCCAAAUCGCAGGGCAUUAUAUUCUGUUACGCACUGUCGCCGGGUCUCGAUAUAACAUAUAGCAGUCAGAAGGAAAUCACCACUUUAAAGAGAAAAUUGGAACAAGUUUCUCAGUUCGGCUGCACAUGCUUUGCUCUGCUAUUUGAUGAUAUCGAGCCCGAGAUGAGUGAGGCUGACAAACAGAUAUUCCAAAGUUUUGCUCAUGCACAAGUGUCUGUGACCAAUGAGAUCCACCAGCACCUGGGCUGCCCGCGGUUUCUGCUGUGCCCGACACAGUACUGCUCCACGCGGGCCGUGCCCACUGUCAACAGCUCCGAAUACCUCAACACCCUCGGCACUAAGCUCUCGCAGCAGAUUGACAUUAUGUGGACAGGUCCAAAAGUUAUAUCGAAAACUCUGACAACGGAAUGUAUAGAGGAGAUAACACAAGUACUGCGGCGGCCGCCCGUCAUCUGGGACAAUCUACACGCCAACGAUUACGACCAGAAAAGAAUCUUUUUGGGCCCAUACUGCGGUCGAUCGCCGGAAUUGAUCCCGUUGCUGCGCGGCGUGCUAACGAACCCUAACUGCGAGUACAACGCCAACAUGAUCCCCAUAUGGACGCUCGCACACUGGGCCAGCUGCAGCUUGGAUGCGCCCGCGCACAUGGAAGCGGUGUCAUGGGACAUAAAGUUAGAGCGAGAGAGCGAACAGGGCGUGUGCGAUGACGAGGCGCCGUUGACGCUCGGCAAACACGUCUACCAUCAUCGGCAGGCGCUCAGGCACGCUAUUAACGAAUGGUUACCAGAGUUUUCAAUACCAAAAACUGCCCAGGGGCCAAUUAUAAAAGCGCAACCUUCAGUCACAGUGCCGCCGGUGCCGAUUAUCCCGAUCAUGCCGUCGGUGAACACGUGCAUGUCGCUGGUGACGGGCACGAGCAGCACCUGCACGACCAGCACGGCCAACAUCCCCACCGUGCACACCAGCCAGCUGCAGGCGCUCGCAGACGUGUGCAGCGCCGCGCCCGACCGACCGAUACUCUCCACCGGGAUUUCCCCAAUAGAAACAUUCAACCCAGUAUCAAACCCAGUGAUGAAUUCAUUAGUAUCACCAACCAAAGUGAUACUCAAUGAGUCUAUACCCAAUCCAAUAAUACCGAUGGCCAGUUCAAAUAUAUCCCUACCGUCAGAGAUACCAGUUUCAACACUACCAGUACCAAUACUCGGUAUUAAGGUUUUAGAGGACAAUAUGGAGAAGUCAGAUCAGUCGAUGAGUGAGAAAAUUGACGAGACCAUAUCUAACGAUUCUGUAUUGGAGGGCACUAGUUUUCUAGAAGAUAUGAAGAAGGACAAAGAAGAUGACACGAUUAUAGUUGAUGAUGUGGAUGCACCAAUUGAGGAACAGCAGAGAAACGGUGAUAUGAAUAUUGGUGAUACCCCCCAAACCUUGAGUCCGAACCGUUCGUCGGCGGCGGAGGCGGUAGAGGCGGGGCUGGAGCCGUUGGAUGUGGACCCGCCGCCAGCCGCUGCCGGACCCGGCGACCCGGUGGACCCCAGCGACCCCGAAAACCCCAUCGACGCUGCCGACACAACGGACCCAGACGUCAUUAUGAAUGACGGCACUAGCGAGAAUGGCUCAAUGCAGGUGGAGCCGAGUAACAGUCCACUCAGCACGGACAUGAUGGUGGAGCCAGUGGACCCAGUGGAUGUGGUUGAUGACAGCGGCGCGUCUCCGCGGGAGGCGGUGGAGGCGGUGGAGGCCGGCGAGGCAGGUGAGGGUGAGGCGGGCGGCGAGGACGGGUCGUCGCUGUGUGCGGAGGACCUGGUGCUGCUGUGCGACGCCUUCUACCUGCCCUUCGAGCACGGCUCGCGCGGCCUGCGCCUGCUGCACGACUUCCACUGGCUCGCCUGCCACGCCGCCAGCGUGCUGCCGCGCCCCAACAAGCCGCACGAGACGAGCGAGUGGAUGCGGCGGCGGGCGCGGUUCGCGUGGUGGACGCGGCGCGCGCGGCGGCUGGCGCGGCGGCUGGCGGCGGCCGCCAACCGCGAGCUGCACGCCGAGCUGCAGCCCUACGUCUGGGAGCUGUGCGCCGUGCUCGCGCUGCUCGAGGGCUUCGUGCGCUGGCUCGAAUUGGGCAAAUUCCCUCCUAACAUAGCGACAUACACACAAGGAACAUAUACAUGGUUCUCGAAGGGGUGGCGCGCGGCGUUCGAGAGCGGCGCGCGAAGCGCGUGGGUGUUCCGCGGCGGGCUGGCCACUACCUGCUCCCGCCUGCUGCUCUCUCUCGACGGCGCUCGCUAUCCUUCCUCUCUCCGCCGCGCGCUCUAUCUCUCCAUCUUUUUGCCGCUCUCGCUGCGGCCUCUCUUUCUCCGCCGCCGACGAAUAAUAGUAUUUUUUUCACAGGUAUGUGCCAUUUGUCACAAAACGUGCCGGGAUGGUUCCGACUGUAGCGAUUUAUUCCCUAGCGAUCUACAAACACUACCUGCAGAUAGAUUAGUAGUACCGUUCCUUACAUUGACUCCUGAGCUGUGUAUGGUAAUAGAAGAUGACCAGGAAUGCACACUAAGAUACUGUGACGACCCUGACAGCGAAGGGAGCGACCACAAACUCGAAGAUAGAAUCAAUGGGACGAAACCCGAGAUAGUGGGUUACGCAUGCGCGGCGUUGAAUAGUAAAGAGUUUUACAAGCGACAGGAGAUCGCUUGGAUACCGGAGAUGUGCAACAAGUAUCCCGAGUCGCUCAUGGAGAGGGAGGAUCUCAGCCAAGCGGCCAAGGAUUGCAUCUGGCACUUCCACCAGUUUUCGAACGGCGGAGAGUGUGGACCCCGCGCUGCUGACGUGCGCCGCGAGCUCAGUGGCCGCGCUGACGUCGGUACACUGUACACUGUACACUACACUACACUACACUACACUGCUCACACCGCGCUGCUGACGUGCUGCGUGCUGCCGCCGCCCGCCUGCCGCGACCCGCUCGCGCCCGCCCGCCUGCUCACCUGUACCUGUACACUACACUACACUACACUACACUGCUCACACCGCGCUGCUGACGUGCUGCGUGCUGCCGCCGCCCGCCUGCCGCGACCCGCUCGCGCCCGCCCGCCGGUCGGUACACUGUACACUAACACUGAACACGACACUACACAACACGAGACUGCUCACACCGGGCUGCUGACGUGCUGCGUGCUGCCGCCGCCCGCCUGCCGCGACCCGCUCGCGCCCGCCCGCCUGCUCACCUGCCUGCUGGCCGCGCUGCGGGCACACGGACGUGCUGCGUGCUGCCGCCGCCCGCCUGCCGCGACCCGCUCGCGCCCGCCCGCCUGCUCACCUGCCUGCUGGCCGCGCUGCGGGCACACGGUCGGUACACUGUACACUGUACACUACACUACACUACACUACACUGCUCACACCGCGCUGCUGACGUGCUGCGUGCUGCCGCCGCCCGCCUGCCGCGACCCGCUCGCGCCCGCCCGCCUGCUCACCUGCCUGCUGGCCGCGCUGCGGGCACACGGCGCAAACGGCGUCCACGCGUGCAUCAAUGCGACCGACCACUACUUGCACCAGUUCUACAGCAAGCUCGGGUUCGUGGAGGUGCACCGCGGCGGCGCGGGCCGCGUGUACCUGGCGCGGUCGUUCUAGCGCCGCCCGCCGCCGGCCGUCCGCCGCCCGCUGCGCACGCCUCGCGCCCGCGGCCUGAGAGCGGCACGCCCGCCCACGCGCGCCGACACCAGGAAGCAGUCGCGCAAGCAGAGGCAGAGGAAGUGAACAUUCGGUAUGCGGUGUAUUUUUUAUCGGUUGUAAACUUUUUUAUUCUAGUCAGUAAUUUGAGAGAAAGACUAAAAAUUUAUUUUUAAAGCGAUCACUUCACGUGACUAACUGUAUUAUUCUCGUUAAUAAAUAUUGUUUUUUCGAACAUCCUAUUUGAUAAAAGAUAAAUAGAGUUUGUACAAUUUUGUUCCGAUUAACAGAUUUUGGAAAAGUUUAUAUGGUAUUUGUCACAAUAUUAUUCAAACGAGUUAUAACAUUUAAUAAAUCUAAAUCAGCAAUAAAAUACAAAACAAAAAUAUAGUAGGUAAUACAAAAAAUAUACAAAUAACCAUUAAUAUUUGUCUGUAAUCCUGGUCACGGCACCAAAUUAUUAUGUAGUCCAAAUUACUGAUGAGAAUAAAACAUAAAGUGUGAUUUAUAAAACUAAAUAUUUCACCACUAAAAUUGAAUUGUAUAUUCCGAAACAAUUGAAUUCGAUGUUACUAAAGUUGUACGCAGCAUUGAAAUUAUAAUUUAUUAAUAAAACUGACUACACUGCGUAAAAAAUUACAUAACAAAAAGAAUGCAAUGUAGCGCACAACUAAUCACUGAGGAAGGUUUUUUUCACCUUAAUGUUAUAUAAAAUAGCACAAAGUCUUUACACACGUACAUUAUAAUCAUUAUAUUAAACUAUGAAUCUAUAAUAUUAUACAGUGAACGCUC